GUUCGACCUUUCCAAAUCACCUUUGAGAUCAACGAUGCUUCCUCGAGCUGCGAAAUUGCCGUUCGUUCCCGUUAUGAUGCUGAUUGUCGCAAUGACGCAAAUCCGGGCAGCACCCGCAGAAAAAGAUCCGCUGAAACCUCCAACUCAUCUUUCCACUCGUCUUCAUUCGUCAGCUGAACCCCCAAGGUCUGGUCAAAGCGAGUUCCUCAAACACUGGCGUCUAAACAGCAGAGCAUCUGGGGCAGAAGGAACGAGACGAGGAGACCGAACCACUUCGCGAACAUUUACUGCCGGCAUGAGAUACCAUCCUGGGAUGGAUGGUUCUGAGAAGCGGGGCCAGAUACUUAAGAUGCUCUCGGUCCUGGAGAGGAUGCACCGGACGUUCAACAGCACGCUGAAGACAAGGAUCACCUUCCUGCCAAGAGCAAAUGCAAGAAAUUCAGGACGGAAAAAUAAAAUGGCUGCAGCGAUGUUGACCACCUCCCCGCCAGCGGCUGCCAAUAGCACCGCUUCCGGAGCGAGUGCCGGCGUAGUCGUCCCCAGCCUUACCGGCCGCAACCUCCGCAAGUCGCUCCCAACGCAGUCGAAGAAGACAAACAAAAGAGUGUGUUUCUGGAAGUACUGCUCCCAGAACUGAGCUCCCAGCGUUUCACCUGUGAGCCUCAUUUCCCUCCUCCCCUCCUCCAUCCAUCUAUCCAUCCAUUCAAGGUCAUGACCUUUGCUUUGUCCUCGUGAAAGAAAACAAAAAAAAAAGUGAACUAUUGCUUUACCAAAGUGUCUCAUAGCUCCUGGAAAAUUUCAAUUUGGCCACUAUUCUCCAUGCAUCCAUCCUGUCAACCAAGCAAGCAAGCAAGCAGUUUCCAUUCCAUACCUAUGCUCUGGGCUCGCGUUUGACCUCUGCGUGCUAGGCAACAGUUGCUCAGACAUCAGCAGCAGGCCCCGGGCGGGGCCUUCCACCGCGACGGCGCCAAUACCGACUUAGACCUUUUCAUCCGACUCGUUAAUUAACAAAACUGACCGAUCAAAGAAGACGAUGUGUGCUCAAGGCUAAGCACAUGGAUAAAGAAAUCCCCGUUUAAUACCACCCCGCCCGCCUAAAGACAGAUGCACAUUGCUUUUUUUAUGUGUAUGCCUUCUUGAAAUAAAGUGCUUCUACAACAUGCCAACGACAACAGAAA